AUGGCCAUCAAAAUUGGUAUAAAUGGUUUUGGAAGAACAGGACGACUUGUUCUUCGCGCUUGUUUAAAUAAUAAGAAUGUUCAAGUCGUUGCUUUAAACGAUCCAUUCAUUGGUCUUGAGCAUAUGCUUUACUUAUUCAAGUAUGAUUCUACUCAUGGACGUUUCAAAGGUCAAAUUGAAACAAAAGAUGGAAAAUUACUUAUAAACAAUUAUGAAAUCUCUGUUUUUUCUGAGAAGAACCCUAGUAACAUCAAGUGGGGAGAAGUUGGUGCUGAUUAUAUAGUUGAAUCAUCCGGUAUUUUUAAAACUAUUGAAAAAGCAUCACUUCACUUGCAAGCACCCAUUGUUAAGAUUCUUAAUAAUAAUUUUGGUAUCAUUGAAGGAUUAAUGACAACAGUUCACGCGCUCACAGCAACCCAAAAGACUGUCGAUGGUCCUUCUAGCAAGGCAGAGGAUCUUGUAUGUUAUAAUAAUACUAUUAAUCUUGUAAUUAUUUCACAAUUAAAUUCUAAUACUUUUGAAGCUCAAAAUAUUAUCCCUAGUUCUACGGGGGCUGCUCAAGCAGUUGGUUUGGCUUUUCGUGUUCCUGUUUCGGAUGUUGGCGUGGUCGAUUUGACAGUUCGUUUGAAAAAAGAAACCACCUAUGAGGAAAUUAAAAGUAUUAUGAAGCAUUCUUCUGAAAAUGAACUUAAAGGAAUUCUUGGAUAUACUGAGGACGAGGUUGUUUCAUCGGAUUUCAUUGGCGAUACUCAUUCCAGUGUUUUUGAUGCUAAAGCUGGAAUUCAAUUGAGUCCUACAUUUGUCAAAAUUAUUGCAUGGUCUGAUAAUGAAUUUGCUUACUCAACAAGAAUUAUUGACUUGAUCGAAUAUAUUGUAAAAGUAGAUUCAUCAGCUUAA